AUUAAAUCGAAGGCUAAUUACAGGACAAUUAACCUACAAUGCCGAAUUAACCUACCGGUCGGUCUUUGAACUGUGGGAGGAAAUCAGAGCACCCGGAGGAAACCCACGCGGUCAUGGGGAUAACGUACAAACAGGAUGGGUAUUGAACCCCAAUCGACUAUACUGUAAAGCUUUGCGCUAACCACUAUGCUACCGUGCCGCCCCACGGACCUGGAAAGGAUCAGGAGCAGACAAAUGGAUUGCACGAGCCCGUUUCCAUGUACAACGUGAUCUGGGUAUAUGAGACCAACUCCAUGUGCUCACCUUUUCCACGUAUCCUUUAAACCAGAAGUUAAUAAAAACCUGUCAGUCCCAUAUCUAAAAUUACAUAGCAACGAACUGCCGCUAACUGCAAAGAGCUCAAAAUUACUGCCGGCCUGGACGAAUCGAAGUCGCUAUAACACAGUAAAAUAAAAUAAUGUAAAUCCGACUUAGUUCCAAUCUCCUUGCAAAGCUUACAUGAGUGGGUCUUGCGAAAGUACAACGGCUGUAGGAGAAGUAGGUAGGGUUUAUUCCACUGAUAAAUAAAGGGUUUCGUGUCAGAUAACAAUUUUUAAAUGCUGGAAAUGAAUAUGAAUUUUUAAAAACCUGGUAAAAUAUUACUGUGUUAAUACCUUGUACAGUAUAUGGAAAACAUUACAAUUGCCUUUGACAGUCUUCAUUUUAACUCGGGCUGCAACUUCCCUUUGCACUCCAUACGAAUACUUAGCUGGCUUUGUGUGCUUUGGUGCCACAUUUGUUGAUUUAUCACAUGAAACGUAAAGAUUGUGGUAACACAAACGAUACUGCAGAUGCUGGAAAUCUACACAAAAUGCUGGAGGGAUUCCGCCGGUAUGGAGGGAAAUCGGCAGAAAGAUUUCGGAUCGAGGCCCUACACCAGGACUGGAAUAACAGUAUAAAAAUGUAGCGGGGGGGGGGGGUUGAACGAGAUUAAUUGAUUUUUUACAUAUACAAUUUAAAGUUUAACCUCCAGAACUUGUGUAAUUUUAACCCUUGCGCUAUCAAUUCCUAACUAUUAAAAUUCAAACUGCGGGUUUACCGUCUCUUCUGUAAAACUCAGAGUUCUCCAACCCUCUGAGAGAUUACCUCUUUGCCAUCUCCCACUUCAGUUUUCGCUGGCGCCACAAAUAAGCCUCUUAGAAGAUCGUACGGCGUGUUGCUCUGGAGUGAACACUAGACGGACUGGAGAUAGCAUAAUUUAAUACUCAUUUGUAAAUGGAUCACUUCACAGUUUAGCAAAUAGGAUUACUUUUGAUCUAACUGGAGGUUUCUGUGGCUCUCGAACCAAAGGAUGAUUGAUAAAACCAUUGCCCUCAACUAAUCUUACCCAAACAACGUCAUUUGCUAAACUGGGAACCGAACCCUUUUCUGAAGGGAACCCCUUUUGUUUUAAACAUGGCAAAAUCCGCCGUAGCAAUUUAAAAUGAGCGAUUCCGCCGCAUAUUCUUAGUAUGGUUCUUUGAAAAGUGAUGGCACUGGGUCCAAACGCUGCAAGCGUUUCAGAAAUAAGCAGGGUCAGGGCGUUCCGAGGUAGGACAGGUCAAUAGUUUCACUGUUCAUGCAGGGAGUUUCUUUACAUUCACAUUGUGUGCAGUGGCUUGGAUUCCCCGGGUUAACUGCGGGGAGUAAAUCACCGUGUGUCCAGUCUGUGGAAAUGCUCGUCCUUUCAUUCUACUCAGUGAGCAAGUGCGACAUUGUUAAAACAAAAACAGAAGUAUUUUGGAUUUAAGUCACUAGCUCCCCAGGACAUUGAAUAAUAAUGUUAGAAAAUAAUAGCUAUCAGCUCAAAGAAAGCAUAAUAUUAUUGGAAGUGAGCUGAUCAACCUGUGCAUGUAUCAGUAGUUGGAACAUUUUGCUGAUUAUUGAUUCUUUUAAACAUCCUUCAUGUCAGCAUUUUACAUUUAAAAGUGCUGAAUUAAAUUCAGAACUCCUUCGAAAUGUUGUCCCAACUUUUGCAAAGAGUGCUUCCUUGUAUUGCCCAGAUUUUAGAGGCUUGAGCAACCCUUAGGCCAACUCACGCUUAGUCGCAUCACUCAACGGAAUUUCAGUGAUGCGAUAUUUAAUGUUGGAAUUAUUAACGUUUGCCAAACUGGGAAGUGUUAAAUUGGGCGCGACUUGUGAUUGAUGAGGAUGGGGAAUGAGAAAUUCCAGAAAUUCCUUGACAUAGUCAUCCGGAAGAAAAUAAAGUCCCAUCUGGAGUCGAAUGUUUAAGCACGUUUCGCCGGUGGUUUCCGCGGUACAGAGCAGUUUCGUUGAAAGCCGUCUUUAAUGGUGUUCAUUAACGCAUAGAAAAUCAUUCACUCCUUUCAUCCUCCUCGCUUCUCUCUUCAAAAAUUAGUUUGUGGGCUAUUUGCUGACCUACAAGCUUUUUUCAUGCGUAGAACCUUAGCCCCCGUUACAGUCCCAGCUAGUUACUAACUAAUAGUCAACCCAUUACAGUAUACUUUCAGGCGUGAGCUGAUAGAAAUAUACGACUGACUGGAACUAAGUGAAUCCAUGAUUGAGAAUCAAAUCCAAUCUAUUUAAACAUUUAAUGCCAGGACAGCCUCCGCGUUGAUUUAGGGAAUGAAGGGGCCGUGUGAAAUAAAUAAUUAUGGUCAAAUCUGGUAAAUUUCUGCAAUGAGUGAUAAGAAUUGUAAUUAGUCGCUGUAGUGGGCGCUAUGCCUUAACUGAUGACCAUUGACAAAGUAACUUAAUGCCAGGAAAGAUGGAAACUAUUUAAGGGAGGGAGUGAUUACGCAGAGUAGUUCAGCGAUCUGAGGCGCUUGGAACAGUUGGAGCUUUAGGAGCUACUUACAAUGACUCACAGAACAACAGAAGCGGAAAGGUGUACAAGACGGUGAAUGGACAAUUUGGCGGGUGGAAGAGGCCAGGUCUAGUGAAUAUUCAGAGAGCACACAAAAGUGAUCGCUUGAUUAAAUUUACCAAAGGAUCAUUCUAAUGAACUAUUUCUCAUCCGAAAUGAACACCUCUGUUGUGGAAACGGACGUGGAAACAUCCUUUAACCCAGAGGCUGAAGCCAACACCUCCGACGGACCAUGGCCGGAAAAUCACACCGAGGACUUCAAAUAUGACAUAACUCCCAGCAUGGUCGACCUCCCGAUCCCUAUUCUCUAUUGUCUGGUCUGUGUGGUGGGACUGCUCGGUAAUUCCUUGGUGAUCUUCACCAUUGUCCGACAUGAGAAGAUGAGGACAGUGACCAACAUUUAUAUCCUGAACCUGGCCCUGGCGGACGGCUUAUUUAUGUUGGGGUUACCAUUCCUGGCGUUGCAAGUCGCUCUCCAUCGCUGGCCUUUAGGCCACUUACUGUGCAGGUCGGUGAUGAUUUUGGACGGCAUUAACCAAUUUACCAGUGUUUUCUGCAUCACGGCGAUGAGCAUGGACAGGUACGUGGCCGUUGCCUACCCCGUCGUAUCUUCUAGGUUGCGGAGUCCCAGCCUGGCCAAAAAAGUCAGUGUCAUCCUGUGGUUAACUUCCUUCGUACCUGUGAUCCCCAUGGCCAUCUAUUCGGGGGUGGAUGACACUUCAGAGAUGUGCACCUUAAUCUGGCCGGAGCCCAGUUUUGUUCGGAGAACUGCCUUCGUUGUGAGUGCUUUUGUGCUGGGAUUCGCAUUACCUUUCACCAUUAUCUCGCUCUGUUACAUCUUGUUGCUGGUAAAGAUAAAGACCACGGCGGGAUCUACGCACAGCCCGGCGUCAGUGAGGUCGGAGAAGAAGAUUACCGGCAUGGUGAUUGCCAUAGUGGCGGUCUUUGCCAUUUGUUGGCUCCCCUUCUAUACCUUCAACAUCUGUGUGGUCUCCAUUUCCGUCUCCUGGAACGUCUCCCUGAGGAAGCUCUUCGAGUUCACGGUGGUCCUCUCGUACUUCAACAGCUGCGCCAACCCCAUCCUCUACAUCUGCUUGUCGGAAAGUUUCGGGAGAGCUUUCCAAGUGAUGCUGUGUCCCAGACUCGCGAAGAUCGCCGCACAUCACCAGACGGCGGAUCAGACCGAGACCUCCGGUGGGGAGUUGGAGACCGUGGUCAGAUAGCCGCGCUCUUCCCGUCGUUGGCCGCCCACUUCCGCAAACCAGGUUCCCUAAAAUCUCCAGUCCAGAAGGAAUUUCCAGUCCGAGAAUUUUUGAUAACUUUGGGAAGCACGGAGCCGAGCACCGCAGCCGAGGGCGACGUGAAACAACCUCUCGUACAACUGCAGGCCUCCCCCUCCCCGCCCCCGCAGAGAACGACUGCGACAGCCGCGAAUUCUCGCCUGAUUCCCGCUCGCUUUGAAUGCAUUCUUGUUUAAUUUGCGAAUCAUUUAUGAAGAAAAUUGUAAUGCAAACUGACAAAAGACUCUCGGACGGGACGUUUCAAAUUCAGUGGCGAUGGAUUGUCGAUGCUUUAUGGUCAUCUUAUCUGGAGAACAAAUUAUAAAUGCGCCUAUAAUAAUAUCACGGGAGAGCGUUUAAAUAGAUCCCCGCAAAGUAAUGGUAAAGUGACGUUUAUUGAUUUCGCUCUGAGAAUCUACCAAGCACAUGAAUUAUUUUGUAAUCUAGUUGUUUUUGCAAAUAAUGUGAAGGCAGUCACGCAGUUGUCGGAAUUCGUGUCAUAAUGUCGAGUUUGGUGGAAGUUAAUAAUUAGUAAGGGGUACAUCUGCCAGAAACUUCAGUGUUUGUGUUUUCAGAGCGAAAUUAAUAAAUGCUACUUUACCAAUAAUAUCCAUUUAUAGGUGGCUAUUUGAUUUAUUCGUGCAAAUGCGGUAAUUUAUUAUAGGUACGUUUAUCAGUCUUCUCCGAAUAACUGUUCACCUAGGACCGAAAGCGAUUCCCAAGAACGAAUCCCCGUCUCUCCAAGACCAGUGGAUUGAAAUUGAAAAGUAAUUUUUAAAUUGAAUUAAUUUUAGAAGUUAUAUAAAUACGGAUUAAACAUCUCUUGUAAAAAUGUUUUAAAUACUCAACAAAGUGCAGUGCACAGUACUGUACUUACAGACUUUUUAAAAACAAGUAUUUGCAUUUUUAUGAAACUUACCGAAUCAAAGCGUUUCACAUACAGUGAUAAGUACAAAGAAGUUAGUUACCGACCUCUCAUCUUUUUCGGACGGCACUGGCCGAUUUAAAAGUGCCAAAUCCAUAUCCUGCCCUGUUAUUACAGGCUUUUGGUAGCAGAACCUUCCCUCAGCCGCAACAUGCACCAGUUGUUUCAAUUCAGACAUCUCCAUUCUUAACUACUUGAAGUUGCCCAUUUUACAAACCAGAGUCAAAGAAAACCUAACUUUAAUCAAUCUUGGAUUCUCAGGUGAGAUGCGUUAAUUCAUCUAGGGCAGGUUUUCUUUCAAAGUUCAAAAUCAAAGUAUGUAUACUGUACACAACAUUUCAGGCAGCCACAGGGAGACUCAAUUACAAUUGUAGUUACAUUUAAAGAUCUGCAGUCUGAUAUCACAGAUCUUAGCACUCUACCGGAGCAAAUGGAUUCAGACUGAUAAAUUACCUGACAUUCUGUUAGUUAAAAUGUUUUUGACAGGCCUUGAAUAUUUUAUCAGUUAAUUAUAAGGUUGUAACCUGGUGCAAACAUGUUUGUUAUUAUCUUGUCAAAAGGUAAACAUAAGUUAGGGUUGAGUAAGUUUUGAUUUUGGCUUAUAGUUUCAAUGGGUUUGACAAUGACCUCAAAAAUUAAUUCAUAAAAAUAUACUUGAGUAAUACAAUGCCAAUCAUUGAUUGAGAAAGGACAGUUAUGUCUAUCCUCACCAUUUAUGAGUCAUCUUAUCAUCAGGCUGAUAUACGGUCUCACAUUUGCUUUAUCAGCAGCAGGUUUAUCUAAGCCUUCUGCGGUCCCACCAAGCAUUAGUACAAAUUUAUGACAUUUCCUGCCUUUUACAUAAUUGCCCAUAAUUAUCCUGAUAAUGAUUUAUAAAAUCUUACAUCUAGAAAAUUGGUUCAGUUUAGUGACCAAUUUUGCUUCCUUAAUGUAAAGAAAUUUCUUUCAGUACAGUGGGGAAGCAGUAACGUCCAACUCAUGAUGUAAUGUUAACUUAUUUCCAAAUAUUUGGUACUGAGAUGGUGCCAAAAGUUUUAUAUGCUAAAUUUGAAUUGGCAAGAGGAUAUUUAUCUAAAACUACAUGUCAAUCUGCUGUUGGACACCAAACAUUUGUACUUUCCAUAUGCAACACAUCAGAAUUUAGGUCUUCCAAUUCCAGUAUUAGGCCAAAUCAACAACUCAGUUGUAAAUCUGCAAACAUCUACCUUGUAAUAAUAACAGGCAAUUAAUGAAUACACAUUGACCAAAUGAUAAACCAGCCUUUUAUAUUAUGAUUUAAAUUUUAAUACGUGAAGAAAUAAAUACUUUUUAAAAUGGUAGGUUUUUAUAUGAGAAUAUUAAUACCUAUAUUAAACUGUAUUAAGAAAUGAUACAAUAUUUCCUCCGGUGUGAUAUCACAAAACACAGGGCAGACCAAGACUGAAAAAAACUAACAAUACCACAUAAUUAUAACAUAUAGUUACAACAGUGAAACAAUACCAUAACUUGAUGAAGGAGUCCAUGAGCACAGUAAAGUUCAAAGUCUCUCAAAUAUCCUACAUCUCACGCAGACGGAGAGAAGGAAGAAAAACUCUCCCUGCCAUACCCAACCACAGUCACAGUCUGAGUCAUCCAAAAACUUAGAGCACUGCUCAGCUCUCCGACACCGAGUACUGAGUGCUUUCACUAUCCGAACGAUUCGACCCCCUUCUCGGUCACCAACAGCAGGCAAAGCUGGGGACUUUGAGGCCUACCCUCCGAAAGAGUCCCGACCACGCAGUAACAACAGCAGCGAACGAGCGUUUCAGAAAUUUUUCCAGAUGUUCCUCUGUGCUUUCAUGCCCAUCUUCAUCAAAUCAGAAUUCCCCUCAGCCCCUAUUUAGUCAGCCUGUUAAGGGUUUACCAUACUUUGUGGGCAGAACUACAAAAAUAAAGCAUUAUCAAGACAAUUAGAGUCUAUUUUGAGUUUGGAUCUCAAUAUAUUAGCUGAGUGUAUGGCUUGAAACAGUAUUCACGUAUUUACUGGACUCAGUUGACGUAGGUAUGUUAAAUGCAAUCCAAAUAAUGAUCAUUUGGAGACAAUGAACUAAUACACAUGUUCUCUGAACAGUAUUUUAUUAUGUCAUGGUAAAUUGCCUUGACUAUGUAAUAUGUUGAAUCAUGCAGAGUCGCUUGGAAUUUGCUGCAGAUUAUG